GAAGGCCAGGGAACAACAGGCACAAGGCGGCGCCUCAUCGUACACGCCGGCCACCGCCACCUUGCUCCGCCCGCAGAAUGUGAGAAUAGAGCCUCUGUUGUUUGUAGCCCGGGCGUCAAUGGCCCCCGUGGCCCUCUCAUGCUUUCGUCCAGCCAGUGCCAAGCCAGAGGGCCACAGUGACCAGACGUGAACGCUCUCGUGCUCGCGUCCACAACUCGAUGCCGCGGGAGUGAGUGCCUCAAGGAGGACUUUUUACUUGAAGAAGGACGUGGUGCUCAGCGCGACGUCGUAGUAGCCGCCACCAUGACGCUCGUAUCGAUAAUGUCGUCGAAGAGGAAGUCUCUGCCCAGUAAGGUUCUUGACGCUUACCCCGACACUGGAGACAUGCUUGUAGAGGACACGCCCAACCUCGUCACCACCACCGCCGGGGACUCUGACAACUCGGCGGCGGGGUCAGAGUUUAGCUAUGGGGAGGAGGGCACUGUGGGCAUGUCCCCGCCGCGGUGGUCCGACUCCGAGGUGACGGCGCCCACCAGCACGGCAGAUGCUAAGAGGAGUCGCCGUGAGAGUUCCGCCGACUCUGAUGACCUGACGCACCUUCACCCCUUCGCCAACCCGUUCUUCCAGGCGCGGCUACAGGAGGCGCGGCUGCAGCAGGAGCACGCCAGAUUGCUACAGGAGGCUGCCAGACACGAGCAGCAGCAACAACAACAACAGCAACAGCAGCAGCAACAACAACAACAGCAACAGCAACAACAGCAGCAACAGCAACAACAACAGCAACACCUACAUCAUCAACAACAGCUGCAACACCACUUACAACAACAGCAUCAGCAACACCUUCAUGCACAACAACAGCAGCAACAGCAGCAGCAACAACAACAGCAGCAGCAACAACAGCAGCAGCAGCAGCAGCAACAACAACAACAACAACAACAACAACAGCAACAACAACAGCUACAGCAACAGCAACAGCACCAUCACCACCAGCCGCCGCCGCCGCAGCCGCCGCCUCCCCCGCAGCCUGGCAGGAAUUCCCUCUCGCCGCUGACGGAGGUGGAGCGCGGCGGUCUGCUAGUCAAUGCGGCCCGCAAGUCAAUGGACGACGUGCUGAAGCGACUCACCUCCAAGAUGAGCCACAGCACCCUGGACGACGCCGAGCAGGGCAAGAGGGAGCGGGAAAGUGCUAAGGCCCCGGAGUCACGCGUGCCGCAGUCCAGCCCGCCAGUGACCUCCGCAGCGGGCGGCGCGGCGACGAUGACUGACCCGCUCGCCUCUAUGACGCAGCUGCUCAAUACGGACCCCGAAGAGCUGCAGAACCACGAGAAGCGAAUCACCGAAAUGAUCAACCAGCUACAGAAGAUCCGAGACUUUAUCCGCACGCCGCGACCCCAGGAGACCCCGCUGGACAAGGUGGUGACGGAGCAGGAGGCGACGCUACAGAUGCAGCAGGAGGCCCUCAGGAAGCACCAGGAGGCCCUUCAGAUCCUGCAGCAGCACAACACCUUCAAGACGCUGCAGAACCAGCUGUACGGGCAAUAUGGCGCCAAUAAAGGUCUAGGGGCGCUGCAGCCUCCACACAACCUCAUGUUCCUGCCGCUUCUGGAGGGGUUCAGAGGGGGCACUCACGGCGCGCCCCCUGCCCCGCCCGCCCCGUCAGUCCUGCCACCCAUCUCACCCCCUCACGAGACCUCCCUCCCUAAGCUGACGCAGGUGUCCGUGGCAGCGUCGGUACCCGCCUGGAUGUCAGGACUGUCCGCCUCUGCCCAGCUGGCGCAGCUCUCACAGAACUCGACGCACACCACGCACCCGCCUACAUCCACUGCCGCGCCCUCCCACGAAAACCAUGAGGAAAAGCCCCUCAACCUCACCAAGCCCAAGGAUGCUAGCCCGAAGCCCAGCGACACAAGCCUGUCACCCAAGGGCGCGGGACUGCCUCCCUCACUCGUGCCCCACUCCUUCCUGCCCUACAUGACGCCGCCCUUCCCCGGCCUCGCCGACCACAAAGACCUGCUUGGCAGCCUGGGUCAGGGGCUGGGGCAGGGGCUGGGCCAGGGCUUGGGCUCCCUCGCAUCGCCUACCAUGGGAGCAGGACUGCCUGGCAAACACUAUCCUCCUCCCGCCUUCCCUCCCAUGUAUCUCCCGCCCUCCUCCAUACCCUCCUCCCUCCCGCCACACCUGGGCCCCAUGGGAGGCCUCAGUCUGCCCACCGCUACGCCCCUUACCUCCCUCACCUCCCUUGGGGGCACCAUGGGCGGUAUCACGUCCGUCACCACCUCGGCGGCCCACACCACGCAAGACAAAGGCUCCAAGGAGGACGAGUACGUCACCACCUGCCAGAGUGAGUCAUCUGAUCGGGCAGCCAAAAUGUUCGGCGCUAAGAUCAUUCGGCAAACUCGAAAGGACCACGACUCGAAGCCCCACGUGAAGCGCCCCAUGAACGCCUUUAUGGUCUGGGCAAGGGACGAGAGGCGCAAGAUCCUGAAGGCCUGCCCUGAUAUGCACAACUCUGCCAUCUCCAAGAUUCUAGGAUCCAGAUGGAAGAGCAUGUCCAACUCCGAGAAGCAGCCGUACUACGAGGAGCAGUCGCGUCUCUCCAAGCUGCAUAUGGAGAAGCACCCUGACUACCGCUACCGCCCGCGGCCCAAGCGCACCUGCAUCGUGGACGGCAAGAAGAUGCGCAUCUCAGAGUACAAGGCGUUGAUGCGGCAGAAGCGGGAGGAGAUGCGUACCAUGUACUUCAGAGACAACGGCCUCUCUGACCUGGCCAAGCUCCUGCCGCCCGGCGCCGACCCGCUCCUGAAGGACAGCAUCUUCAAGGACGACCUCCUCAAGAAAGACCACGGCAACACGGAGAUCCUUGGCGCCGACUCCCAGGGUGACCCGCCCAGCAUGCGAGGCACCGACAUCCCCUCCAUCAUGACCCCCACCUCAGAGUUCAGUCUCGACGGGUCGGCCUCACCUUCCCCCGGCGCCCCAGCCUCCUCCACCUCCGACGUGGAGGACCACAUGGACGAGGACUUCACGUCGUCGACAGAAAUCACAAGUCACCAGGAGGCGGAGGAGAACCAGCCACUCACCAUAGACGAGCGGCUGGCAUGAGGCUCCUCCCGCCCACACCCACACCCGCACCCACGCCCAGCCCAGUGGUGAAGUAACACACACACACACACACACACACACACACACACACCUUUAUU